AUGAAUCCUUUGGAAAGUAAAAACGAUUCACAUACAGAACAAUUAUCUGCUAAAGUUUCUCGAUUAAAAAAUAUUGCAAUUGAUAUUGACAAUGAAACAAAAGAACACAAUCGUUUUCUUCAAGCAAUGCGUUUCGAUUUCGAUACAGCACGUAGCUUUCUUGGUGGAAGUUCUCGUCAUUUAGGUAAUGUUAUGUCAAGUGGAAAAGGUGAUCGACGAUUUAUGUGUUAUGUUAUUGGUGGAAUUGUGUUCACUUUCCUUUUUCUAUAUUAUGUUGUAAACUCAUUCCGAAGAGUGACAAAUGGUUUUCCAUUAAAAAUUAAUGCUAUGAAAAUAGAAAAUGUAUCCGUGGAUUAUAAUCGAGAUUUUAUUAUUCGUAUUCUUCAACGUAUUGAAUAUGAUGCUUUACGAGGAGCUGUGAUCGAUCUUGGUCUAAAUGAAUUAUUACCAAAGACAAUAUCAGAAACAAUUCAACAAGAUGAUAAAUUUCUUAGAAAAAUGCAUCAAAUUUUACUUGAAUAUGAAAUUGAAGAAGGUGAACUUAUUUGUUCUGAAACUGGUCGUAAAUUUCCAAUUUUAAAAGGUAUUCCAAAUAUGUUAUUACAAAAAGUUAAAGUAUCAUGA